CCCAAGCCAAUGCGACGCCAUUUUCCUUUUGCGUGCGCUGUCAAACGCAGAGUUUUUUUUCUCACAUUUUCACCACAAAUCGCAGACAAGAGGACUUUUCCCGAAGCAGAGAUACGUGAUACCACCGAACAACCAAGCAAAAUCAAAAUAGAUGCGGAUUGACCACCUGCCAAACGAUUGAACCCAACGGCAGCGAGGCGAGCGCCGCUAAUCUACGCUGAAAAUUACGUGAAUCAGCGCAAGGGGCACCCGUGAAAUUGGCACUUUAAUUGGCAUUCUAUUCGCUCCAUGAUGGUCAAUUCGUCUGGCAGCGAGGACGGCCAGCUCCGGAGCCCCAACGACGGGCAUUAUCACAGGCCAAAAAGUGUGUACUUGUCCCAUGACCGAGGCGCGCGAUGGCCAACAACAAUACCUAAUAAUAAUCAUAAUAAAAAUAUAAAAAAAAAACCAACAAAGCUAUUAUAAAAACAAAAACAAAAAAAAAAGAGAAAUCAAAAACAUAAAAGUGAAAUCGAAAUCGAAAGAAUAUAAAAAGUGCAAGCAAAAUAUGCAAUAUUCGAGUUUUAUAUCUGCGCGCACCAAACAGUGUCCACACACGGCGGCAGAUGGGAGCGAAUCUUCUCAAGAGUCAACCCACGCACGCAAAUCCCGCCUCUGACCCGCUGGCUAAUUAAGUGUGUUCCGAGAACCGAACACAUCCGAGAUAUAAUCGAGAGUCGAGAGAAUUGAGAUCCGAGAUCGAUCUCCUCACACUCAUGUGCUGCUGGCGCGCUGGCGAAGAUGAGGAGCACGAGGCGGAUGCCGACGCGCUCUAUAUACAGCCACCACAGGCGAGCCGGGACUCAGGAUCCGGAUCCAGGCGUGAGAAAAAAAAACAUUCCCGCGAACGGCGCCGUCACAAGGAGCGCGACGACGUGGUAGGAGCUGGCGGCGGUCCAGGUGACCAUCGCUAUGAUUAUCGGAGCCGGGAGGAUCACUACCAUCAGCACCAUCAUCGCGAAAGGACCGCCGCCUAUGCCAAACACCACUUGGGCCAUAGCUUUCACUAUCAGCAGGCACCGCCACAGCAGCAGCAACCGCUGCCGCCGGCUCCCACCGGUCACUACGCAGUCCAUCACCAUCAGCAUCAUCACCAGCAUUUAAGCGGAGGAGCCAGAGGGGCUGCCCGUGGAGGAAGCGACUACCAUUCCUAUCCGUCUGGCUAUCACUCGAGCAGUCGGCACAACGACUAUCCCAUGGAGGAGCCACCGCCGCCGCGACGAGGCGGUAAGUACGCUGAGAGCAAGGAUGCGGAGAGCUUGGAGCAAGACCUGCGCUCCAGGCUUCUGAAGAAGCGACAUAACUUCGUUAAGGAUUACGAAACCGAAGAGAACUACGAGCAUCGUAGCGAGAGAGGUGAACGCAGGGCGGAAAGUAGUCGGAAGGAGCAGCGGGAACGGAGCGAACGGAGUAGGCACAAGCAGAGCCGACGCGAACCCGUCAUCGAGCUGCUGGACAGUCCCGAACAGGAGCAGCAACAGCAACAUCAGCACCAGCACAAAUCGCAUCGCAGCAAGUGGCGCGAGGAUGUGGAGACGAACCGAAGAAAGGCGCCCGAAGAUCCGGAGCUAUUGGCCCGCAGGGAAAAGCUUCUGGCAGCCGAGCGCGAAAGCCGACAGCGAAAACAGAUCGCCCGUGAGGAGUUGGAGGCGCGCCGGGAACUGCUACGCGAGAGAAACGACCACAGUGAUGCACUUAGUCCGACGACAGUGGCGGCCAGCGUAACAGCUGGCUUGAACAUUGUCAAACGCAAGUCCAAGACGGACGAAAGCUAUGAGCUCGAACUGAAACACAAGAAGCGGCGGGAGGAGGCGGAGGUUGAAGUUAUACCAGACGAGGAUGACGAUGAGGAGGAUGAUAGUGAGGAAAGCGACACAAACGGGGAGGAUGAGAGUGCAGAGAGCGCCAGUGAAUCGGGCAGUGAUGAAAGCUAUGCCAGCAAGAAGAAGAGCAAGCGAAAAGCCAACGACGACGACGAUGACCUGCCUUUGCCCGACAGCCCACUCAGCGUUGGAGAGCUGUACAAGUCACCCAAACUGCGCCAGCGUUCGAGAUCCGCCAGCUCCAAACGAAGCAGCUCUCAGUCUAGUCAUAGCAGUCGCUCCAGAUCUCGUUCCCGAAGUCGUAGCAGCCUUGAGGACGAAGAGGAACGACGAGGCGACGAUGCUUCACCCAGCAGUAGCACACGCAGCGAGGAACGCGGAAUGGCUCAACAGCCGUUGGAGGAGAAACCGGAGGAUAAAGUCAAGGAAAAACCGCAGAAGGCGCUUCUGGAGGAUCAGCCGCCCUGCGAUGACAAGGGUGUGCCGCUGCCCAACUAUUAUCCCGGUGUGCAGGGCUGCCGUUCUGUGGAGGAAUUCCAGUGCCUAAAUCGCAUUGAGGAGGGCACAUACGGCGUUGUCUAUCGCGCCAAGGACAAGCGAACCAACGAGAUUGUGGCUCUUAAGCGCCUGAAGAUGGAGAAGGAGAAGGAGGGUUUUCCCAUCACGUCGCUCAGGGAGAUCAACACCCUGCUCAAGGGUCAGCAUCAGAAUAUUGUUACCGUGCGCGAGAUCGUGGUUGGCUCCAACAUGGACAAGAUCUUCAUUGUGAUGGACUAUGUGGAGCAUGAUCUCAAGUCGCUAAUGGAGACCAUGAAGAACCGCAAGCAGAGCUUCUUUCCAGGCGAGGUGAAGUGCCUGACCCAGCAGCUUCUGCUGGCGGUGGCCCAUCUCCACGAUAACUGGAUAUUGCAUCGGGACCUGAAGACCUCCAAUCUCCUGCUCUCCCACAAGGGCAUCCUCAAGGUGGGCGACUUUGGUCUGGCACGCGAAUACGGCUCGCCAAUCAAGAAGUACACCUCGCUGGUGGUCACACUGUGGUAUCGAGCUCCCGAACUGCUCCUUUGCUCGCCGGUCUACUCCACGCCCAUUGAUGUCUGGUCCGUGGGCUGCAUUUUCGCCGAAUUCCUGCAGAUGUUGCCGCUGUUUCCGGGAAAAUCGGAGAUUGAUGAACUGAACAGGAUCUUCAAGGAGCUGGGCACACCCAAUGAGAAAAUCUGGCCCGGAUAUACUGAGCUGCCCGCCGUUAAGAAUAUGCUGUCACAGAACUCACAGUUCACCGAAUAUCCCGUAUCGCAGCUGCGCAAGCACUUUCAGGAGAAGACCUCCGAGCUGGGACUGUCUCUGCUGCAGGGCCUGCUGACCUAUGACCCGAAACAAAGACUGACGGCCGAUGCGGCCCAUAAGCACGAGUACUUCCAGGAGUUGCCUCUGCCCAUCCAUCCCUCCAUGUUCCCCACCUGGCCGGCCAAAAGUGAGUUGGGUGCACGCAAGGCGCAAGCAUCGUCGCCCAAACCGCCGUCCGGUGGUUCGCAAUUCAAGCAAUUGGGCAGAGACGAACCCAUCGCCGUGGGUACGGGUAACAAGCUCACAUCCGGCAUUAUUACCGGUAACAAAAAGAGCCAUGGAGCCGGCGGUGGAUCGUCGGCCAGCACUGGAUUCGUACUAAAUGCUGGCCUAACGCAACGCCAACUGGCCAUGGGACCGGGCUUCAGUCUAAAGUUCUGAUUCGGCGGAUCAAGAUCAAGAGCAUGUGUUUUUAGCCAAUUAAGUUUACGAUUACGAUUAAUUGUUAUGUAUAGAUUAGCGAUGUAAGUGGAAUAUUUCGUUUUAUUGUAUGUGUAAAAAUAUUGUUCCAAAUAUCAUUUAAAAAGCCAUACAACAAAACCAUUCAAA